CUUAAAGCUCCUCCAGGGGCAGACGAUGUCCGUCUGGACCACAGUCCGGGUGAAAGUUCAUCCCGGCAGGGCUUUCCUUCGAAAUGCCCACGUUUGUCCAAAGGGAGUCCGGCUCAGCAGCGGGCGGAGGGUUGUGAUUACGGGCCUUGGGCUGGUGUGCCCGCUGGGCACCGGCUGCAAGCUGCCCUGGGAAUCUCUGAUCCAAGGUCGGAGCGGGCUCGUGGCUCUGAACUCUGAGGAGUACCGGGCCCUCCCCUGCAGGGUGGCAGCUCUGGUGCCUAGAGGGGCCGAUGAGGGCCAGUUUAAGGAGGACAGGUUCGCCUCUCGGGGGGAAAUCAGCAGCAUGUCUGCAGCAACUGUGAUGGCCCUGGGAGCAGCACAGCUGGCUCUGGAGGACGCGGGCUGGUUCCCUGAGAGCCCAGAGGAGCAGGUCAGUACGGGGGUGGCAGUUGGCAUGGGUAUGGUGUCACUGGACGAGAUUGCCAGCACCUCUGCUGCCUUUAAGGAGAGAGGCUACAAGAAAGUAAGCCCCUUCUUUGUCCCCCGCAUCCUCGUCAACAUGGCAGCUGGCCACAUCAGCAUCAAGCACAACCUGAAGGGACCCAACCAUGCUGUGUCCACAGCGUGCACCACAGGAGCUCACGCCGUUGGGGAUGCAGCCAGGUUCAUCGCUCACGGAGAUGCAGUUGCUAUGGUUACGGGGGGCACGGAAUCCUGUGUGGGGCCUCUCUCCAUAGCCGGCUUUGCCAGAGCGCGAGCACUUGCCACCAAGUGGAACGACAGACCCACAUUGGCCUCCAGGCCCUUCCACCCAGAGAGAGAGGGCUUUGUGAUGGGGGAGGGAGCAGCAGUGCUCCUGCUGGAGGAGCUGGACCACGCUGUGAAGAGAGGAGCCAGGAUCUAUGCCGAGGUGCUGGGAUACGGGCUCUCAGGGGAUGCCAGUCACAUAACGGCCCCCUCUGCAGAUGGAGAUGGGGCUUUCAGGUGCAUGUCUGCAGCCCUCAAAGAUGCAGGCAUCUCCCCGGCAGACGUCACAUACAUCAACGCUCACGCCACCUCCACGCCUUUGGGCGAUGCUGCCGAAAACGCCGCCAUCAAUAGGCUCUUCCAUCAAACCGCAGACACGCUGGCUGUGUCGUCCACCAAGGGAGCCACCGGGCAUCUGCUGGGUGCCGCUGGCGCCCUGGAGGCUGCAUUCUCCGCUCUAGCCUGCUACCACGGGAUACUGCCCCCAACCCUGAACCUGGACCGCACAGAACCAGAGUUUAGCCUCAAUUAUGUCGCCUGCGCGGCACAGCCGUGGCGAACUCGGGGCCGCCGGGUGGCUCUCACCAACUCGUUUGGAUUUGGCGGCACCAACGCGUCCCUGUGUCUAAGUAGUAUGUGAGCUGCCUCUGGAAUGACUGAAGAUCUCAAACUAUGACUUUACUGAAUGAAAAUGAUCAAAUCAUUUUUCUUCUCCGAUCCGUGUCUUGUGGUUUAUAAGCUAACAGAAAUAAUUCAUAAAUGUCUGCACCCUUUUGA